AUGCCUCUCCUCCAGUCUCAGUCAGCUGUGGCAAACCCACGAUGCCGCCGGAUCCUCUUCCUGGACGCCUACGACUCCUUCACCAACAACAUCGUGUCGCUGCUCAAGGAGGCGCUGGGCGACGAGGUGCUGGUGCACGUGCUGCACAUGGACCUCAAGACGCUGCACGCGGAUCCCAGCCCGGACUGGACGCCGGACGAGUUCCUGGCCCGGCUGCCGAGCUUCGACGCCGUCGUCUGCGGGCCCGGCCCGGGAUCGCCGCUGUGCGAGGCGGACGUCGGCGCCUUUCGGUUGCUGUGGGAGCUGCCCCGGGACAAGGCCGUGCCGGUGCUGGGCAUCUGUCUCGGGUUCCAGAGCCUGGUGGCGCAGUUUGGCGGCGGCAUCAGGAAGCUGAGGAGGGGGCUGCACGGCAUGGUGAGGCGCAUCGAGCAUCGCGACGGAGACAUCUUUGCGAAUGUGCCCGAGUUUAGGGCCACGCUGUAUCACAGUCUGUGUGCCGACGUGGGACAGGAUGCCGUUGCGCGGGAGAGGUGGCAGACGGACAUGUGGCUGUCGCCGAGGGGGGCGCCGGAUCUUGUGCCCCUUGCGUGGGCGAUGGAGGAUUACGAGGAUGGCGGUGCUGAGCCGGAGAGGAUCCUGAUGGGGGUGAGACAUGCGAAGCUGCCCUUUUGGGGCGUCCAGUACCAUCCCGAGUCCAUCUGUACGGACCCUGCGGCGCAUGGCGUGCUGAAGAACUGGUUCAGCCAGGCGCUCAAAUGGAACGAAUCCACGGGGAGAGAGAUGCUGCCGGUGGCCUCGCAAAGCAUUGCCGACAGCUUUGCUCCGUCCAUGAUUGUUGAGCGCAGCAUUGCUUCCCACAGCCGGGUCGCCACUCAGAAAUGGUGGAGGGACAUGCAGUCCGGCCUGGCUGCGUCGAGAACAGCACCCGUCUACUCUUGCCGUCGCAUCACCCUCCCCGACGGCGUCGAUGCCGCAGACGUUGCGGAAUUCCUGGGCGUGGGAGGCGCUGACUCCAUCAUGCUGGAUUCAUCGAGCACCAUCAGCGGUGACCCCCUGGCUCGCAGCUCCAUCAUUGCGCUGGAAGUGGAAAAGGCGCUCCGGUUCGAAUAUCAUGUUGGUGAUAGCUGGGUGACGUUGCGCCAGCCCGGGACCAGAGGUCAGGAAGAGGUGUGCCAGAGGAUAGAAAUCGACAGCAGCGACGAGCACGGCGCCUACGACGUCUGGAACGUCAUCUCUGAGUUUUGGCAGCAGCGCAAAGUCGCCGAGGAGGCUGGUCAAGAGCCAGAGCCGGCUUUCAAGGGCGGCUUCAUGGGCUUCGUCACGUACGAAAUGGGACUGAGUUCGCUAAGCCCCGAAUCCAUCUCUAAGAACAGGGGCCAUCGUAGGCCAGAUCUGUGCUUUGCCUGGAUUUCUAAGAGUCUGGUUCUUGAUCACCAGGCCGGCGUGGCUUAUGUUCAAGCUCUUACACCAACUCCCGCCGAAUCAUGGAUCGGCGAUAUGAGAACACCCAACGAGGCGUUGCUGAAGAGCAUUCAAGAGCCCACGGGCAGAUUGCGCUUCAACACUCCCAAGCCGGCCAAGUACGACGACGACGUCCGCCGGUGUCAAGAAGCCAUUGCCGAGGGCCAGUCCUACGAGCUUUGCCUUACGGCGCAAACAACAAUGACUCGCCCCCGUGGAAACGACGUGCCGCAUCACCUACAACAGCCUGCACACGGCACCCCCUGGCAAAUCUACCGCACCCUCCGAGCCCGCCAACCAGCCCCCUUUGGCUCCUUCAUCCGCCUCGCCGGCGCCACCGUCCUCAGCAGCUCCCCUGAGCGCUUCCUCGCCCACGACGCACAAGGCCUCUGCUCCAUGCGGCCCAUGAAAGGAACCGUCCGCAAGUCCGAGGCCGUAUCCACGCUGGCACAGGCCGAGAAGCUGCUCCACAUCCCGAAAGAAGAGGCCGAGAACCUCAUGAUUGUGGAUCUGGUCCGGCACGACCUCUACGGCGUGUGCGGUGCCCGUCGCGUUACGGUGCCGGAUCUCCUCAAGGUGGAAGAGUACUCGAGCGUCUUCCAGAUGAUUACCGUCGUCAACGGCCAGCUGCCCUCUCAUAACAACAGCAUGAAAUCCGCUCCCAACGGCCUUGACGUUCUCGCCGCCGCCCUCCCUCCCGGGAGCAUGACCGGCGCACCCAAAAAGCGCAGCUGCGAGAUCCUCCACACCAUCGAGCCCACCGAGCGAAGUAUCUACUCGGGCGUGGUUGGAUUCCUCGACGCCCGCGGCCAAGGCGACUGGAGCGUCACCAUCAGGACAAUGUUCCGCUGGGACGAUGAACGAGCACCUGUAGAAGAGGCAGGGGAAACUACGCAGCCGAGAGAGGUCUGGCGGAUUGGAGCAGGCGGUGCGGUUACGAUUCUGAGCACGCCCGAAGGCGAGACGGAGGAGAUGUUUACGAAGCUUUGCGGCCCGCUGGGCAUUUUUAAAGAUGUGGCAUAA